AUGGCGCAGAGAAUUCGACAGAUGCAUGGUGAUCCCAAACCAAUUUGGUCCCACUGGGUUUCUCAGUUCAAAAAGCGUCACCCUGAGGUUUCGUCAAGUCUUGGAAGGAGGAUCAAGAAGUCUAAGAAGAGAGCGGUUCCGCCGGUGAAGAUUAUGCCUAGGGAGGAUGUGCUGGAAUCGAUGAGGUUGAAAAAACUUGGGAAGAAGGCUGAAAAAGCGCCGGAAGGAGUUUAA